AUGAAUGACAAUAAUGAAGAUUUGCACAUUGGAGGACAUGAUAUCCAGUCUGAUGCAGGGACUUCACAUAGGACUGAAGACAACAUGUCCACCAAAAGUGCCAGAUCUGAGCAAGGGGAAAAGAGUGGGACUGACUCUGACCUUGGGAAACAGGCAGUGCUGGCAUUCUUGCAACAAAUGCCUAAUGCCUGCCCCUCUAAUGGAGUGGAACACCCCUCCCUCCUAAAGAUCCAGGUCCCACAAUCUCUUCAAAAGGCCAGGAGAACUAUGAUAGAUAAAAUUGUUGAAGACUCUAUUUCUAAUGAGCAAUGUUACUCUAUCCUGAGGGAAAUGGAAAUGGAGGAGGACAACAACUGCACAUUAGAUUUACACAAGGAGAUGGAAAUGCCAGAUGACAGCACAGAACAAGCUAGGGAGCAAUCAAGCAUGCAUCAACUGGAAGAGUAUGGUGCUGAGUUCCCCACCUUGUCCAAAGCUAACUCACUGAAGCAAAAAUGGGGGCCUACCCAAGCUACAAGAUGCAGCACAAGAGUUGCCCCAUCUGGCAAAUCAAUUCUGGAGAAAGCCCAGGAACUCAAACAAGUAAAAGACCUGGAAACUGCUAGAAAAGAUAUACAAGGAUGAAAAACAGAAGUUCAGUUAGUGUCUUGCUUUCAGAAUAUCAAGACCCUGCAGUGGAGAUCCAUGUAGCUCAGUUUUGGUUGCAAUCAUCUUCACAAUCAAAGACCACAACUCUGCCCCUCAACUGAUUAAGAGAAGUAUUGUUCUUAUUUGACUCAUCAAUCUAAGCAAACAGAAACACUUUAAGUCAGCGGUUCACUUAAUCUGGCGACACAUGUAAGUAACUUACCAAAUAAAGAGGAAUUAAUCUCUGAAGGUUUCAUGAAAAUUCUUGGUGGAAUUCGUUAGAACGACUGAUCUUAACCCAUCCAGUGUGCUCCCUAUGUAGGCAUUCUAGUAUUCCACCUGUCGGUCACAUUCGCAGAUGCCUUGCCUGAAGUGAGAUGCCACAUCAAUCAUAAAUAGACUUGAAGCAGUGAUGCACUGGUAUGUGCAUAACCAUGGCCAAACUUCAUCAAAUUUACCGAAUCGAUUAAUUUUAGUUGAAGACUGAAUUAAAAAUUUGGAGAUCAGUGUGAUCACUUGCCAUUCUCUUGGACUAACCAGGGAGGCACCCAUAGGUUUCUAUCAGGUACUGCAGCACAACUCUUAAUCCUUUUCCGUUGCCUGGAUAAGCCGUUGGGACGUACUGCACUCAAGAGAAAAGGUUGCAUGAACCAGAUCGAAUUCCCAGUUCACCUACUUCAAGUCCAAAAACAGAUGAAGCAAGUAGCAUAUUUGACAAAAAUAGUUGGAAACUUUUAACUCACUUGUUGCUGGGUCUGUUCUAGAACCUGCAUCACGGAAGAAAAUAUCCUGUAAGUACAUGUUUUGAAAGCUUCAACAAACUAUUUGGUCAGUAUAUAUGUUUAGCGAAUCAAAUUCCCAAUUUUAGUUGUCGAACUCAUGAACAAUGCAGCAAUAUACCGAUGCAGAUACAAAAUUUGCUUACUCUCUGGUAAAAUGUCAUUUCUGCUACUUAGUCACGAACACCUUCAUUUAAAGGGCGGUCGUUCACAUAGACAGAAUAUUAAUGAUUUAUUCCUAUGAAAUCAAUAGCAUGCUUAAUUCAGAUUGGGAUUUUGUGAAGGAUGGCGAGAACCAACAUUUGUUCAAUCACUUGUGGGUAAUCUCCAAACACCAAGGCUCCUAGUGUCCUGUGUACAACAACCCAAAUAACCAACGGUUGAGCAGCAUCAAACCAAAAAAUCUCUCAUGCAUAAGAACAAGAUAAGUCGAAUACAUGACAAAAGAAUGGAAACGGGAUAAUACACUGACCUUGGAUUGGUGGUGCAAUCGAAUCCAUGGCAAGAGAAUGUUGACGAACAGGAACACAUUGAACGCCCUAUAGCCAUGGCCGGUACCAGCGACUUCCUCUUCGAUGGCGUCGGUGUCCACGAGCCACUUGCAGGGCCGCAAGGGGAUUCUCGUAGCGGUGCAGUGUAUGUCCCGUCGGGACUGCGUCGUUGCAAGCACGGGUCUCAUGUAUCAAGACUUGUGUCACGUGUAUCAAGACUUGGUUCACAUCUCAUUCAUCAUGGGGUUGUGUCAGUAACUCAAUAUGGCUUUAGUGCCCAGCUUAUCUUGGUUUUUAUUAUUAAUUCGGACAUGGUAUUGUUGCUCUUGAGUUAAUCAAUUCAUUUUUUAUUUUUUUGA